CGGCCGUUACGCGGCCGCGCGAGGGCCGUGACGCGCGGGAACUGCCCCGGCGCGAGGCUGCUCACAGCUGCUGUCUGCUCAGAAUGCUGUGAGGAUUUCAGCCCAGAACACGGCUUUGGACGCAGUGCGUUUGGGGCAGCACGAGUUUCAGGGAGCAGCGCAGGAUGGAGCGCCUGGCCUCCUUCGGCAAUGACCCCUUCGAUAAACCUCCAUGCAGAGGUUGCUCUUCGUACCUCACCGAGCCCUACGUGAAGUGUGCAGAGUGUGGGCCUCCUCCCUUCCUCCUGUGCUUGCAGUGUUUCACACGAGGAUUUGAAUACAAGAAACACCAAAGUGAUCACACUUACGAGAUAAUGACUUCAGAUUUCCCUGUCUUGGAUCCUAACUGGACAGCUCAAGAGGAAAUGGCACUGCUGGAGGCUGUGAUGGACUGCGGAUUUGGAAACUGGCAGGAUGUGGCCAACCAGAUGUGUACAAAAUCCAAGGAGGAGUGUGAGAAACAUUACAUGAAACACUUCAUCAACAACCCCUUGUUUGCAUCUACGCUGCUGAACCUGAAGCAGGCUGAGGAGGCGCAGCACAGUGAAACAGCCAUUCCCUUCCACCCUGCUGAUGAUCCCCCCCGGCCUACUUUUGACUCCUUGCUCUCCAGAGACAUGGCCGGGUACAUGCCGGCACGGGCUGACUUUGUCGAGGAGUUUGACAACUAUGCUGAAUGGGAUUUGAGAGACAUUGAUUUUGUAGAAGAUGAUUCAGACAUUUUGCAUGCUCUGAAGAUUGCAGUUGUAGAUAUCUACCAUUCCAGGUUAAAGGAAAGACAGCGAAGAAAAAAAAUUAUAAGAGACCACGGCCUAAUCAACCUCAGGAAGUUUCAGAUUUUGGAAAGACGAUACCCAAAGGAGGUUCAAGACCUGUACGAAACAAUGCGGCGCUUUGCACGGAUCCUGGGACCAGUGGAGCACGAUAAGUUCAUUGAAAGCCACGCACUGGAAUUUGAGCUGCGAAGGGAAAUAAAGCGCCUACAGGAGUACAGAGCAGCAGGAAUCACCAAUUUCUGCAGUGCGAGGACGUACGACCACCUGAAGAAGACGAGAGACGAGGAGCGCCUGAAGCGCACCAUGCUGUCUGAAGUGCUGCAGUACAUCCAGGACAGCAGCGCGUGCCAGCAGUGGCUCAGCCGGCAAGCUGACAUUGAUUCCGGCCCGACUCCCGCAGCGCCGAUCCCUUCCAAUUCAGGCAGACGGAGCGCCCCGCCACUGAACCUCACUGGGCUGCCAGGGACGGAGAAACUGAACGAGAAGGAGAAAGAGCUCUGUCAGAUGGUGAGGUUGGUCCCCGGAGCCUAUUUAGAAUACAAAGCUGCCUUAGUGAACGAGUGCAACAAACAAGGAGGGCUGCGGCUCGCGCAGGCGAGAGCGCUCAUCAAGAUCGAUGUGAACAAAACAAGGAAAAUCUAUGACUUCCUCAUCAGGGAAGGGUACAUCACCAAAGCCUGAGGAGCAACACGGCACUCUGCUUGGAGCAAACGGACACGGAGAAGCUCUGGAGUCACUUUGACAGCACUGAAAGAUUUUAACAGUGUGAAAUGAAGGACAUUUUCUAUUGUUUAAAAUCUUUUGGACCUUUUUUUUUUUUGUAAAAACAAGUAGGAAAGCUUUGUUAGACGGUAUGGAUGCUGACAUUUUGUCUGGUUUCCUUUUGACUGUGCUGCUCAACUCUGCUGCUGUCAGAAUUGCACACCACGUAGCACUGCCAAGAAUCCCGCGCCGUAUCAGCCGAUCUGUAACGCAGAUGGCCGCUCCUUUCCACAUCUUGUGUAACCAAAGGAAUUGCGGCACUUUUAUCCUGGCAGUGCAGAGAAUGAGGACAGGAGGGCAGCACAUGAGAGCCGCACUGACUCAACCUGAGUACAGGCAAAAAACGCAGUGCCCUCCCUCCUCUACUCCUUCCUAAAAGUGUCAGCUUUCAAAGGAGAUAGCACAUGCCCCAGGCUGCAAAAAUGGAGCUCGCAAUAGUCCCAUCUUUUUAACUUAAUUACGAUAAAGGAUGGGAAAGGACACUGCGGGGAAACUCUGGGCAGUUGUUACGUUAAGUGAUACUAGCACGUAUUGCAGCACAAGAGUGCUGUGCGAACCUGUGGGCUUCAUCUGCUGCCACUUCAUUUGCCGUGGUCACAUUGGGUAGAUUCCUUCAGCUGAAGUCUGUCGUGGCUGCUGCGGCUCCGUGGGAAGGCCAUGAGGUGGAUGGAAGGCUGUGUGUGACAGCCCCAGCUGCCUCACAUCAACAAAAAGCCGCCCCGUUCCCCAGCAUUCCCUUCCACCAAGGAGAGGAGAACACUGCACACACCAGGCCAUGGACUCUUAGCCCUCCUGGCUGUGAUGCCCCGCUAUCUCUGCUUCACUCUGCGUCCUCAGGUCUAGGUUCUCACGCUGCAAAGCCCAAGCUAUAACUAUACCGGUGCAUAUUUAAGAUGUUUGGCUUUAGAUUUUUGCUUCCCCUCCAGAAAUGUAAUUAUCCUGUGUACCUGAGGUGUCACUGAAUGUGCGGUAUGUUGGUCUGCAAUAAAAUCAAGUUGAUCUGAAA